AGGAUUGGAAUGGCUCGACGUAAUGAAUGUUUGGAAUGCAAAGUAUUUGUGGGUGGCCUGCCAAAUGAUGCAUCAAGUGAAGAACUAGAAGAAGCAUUCAGUAAAUAUGGUCGUAUCAAAAAAGUUUGGCUAGCACGUCGCCCACCUGGUUUUGCAUUUGUUGAAUUCGAGGAUAGUCGAGAUGCGGAAGAUGCAGUGAAAGGACUUGAUGGAACACGUAUUUGUGGUGUCCGCCCAAGAGUGGAAUUUUCACAUGGUGGUUCGCGCCGCAGUGGUCGAGGAGGUGGAGGGAGACGUCGUUCGAGGACACCGAUACGCCGACGAUCACUCAGUCGUUCGCGUUCACCGCCACCGCGACGAUCGCCGCGGUAUAGCCGUAGCCGGAGUCGUAGUGUAAAUCGGGAUAAAUGAGCAGAUCAAUAACGACAGUGCAUUUCAAUCUAUAACAAAUAAUAUGUAACGUAAAGAUCCAGUGAGACGCGGCAAGAUUUGUCGGUUAAUUGUUCUUAAUCUAAUGUGAAAUCCCUCCACGUUUUUGAUGAUUUCGUUUGUCUGCUAUCAUUGUUUGCCGCAAAAGUGGAAAAACGUUGCUGUAUUUCAAGAAUUUUUUAGAAGAUAAUGUUGCUUGCUAUAGCUACAUCUUUUUUCAUAAUUUUUUUUUUGAUUUAUGUAGAACUACCAUCAUUAUUUGUUAUUAUGGAACUGCUAGUAUUGCAAUAAAAUGUUUUGAAAAAAUAGAAAAUAGAUUUAAAAUAUCGAAAUGACACGGUUAGUAUAUGCUGAUGCGAAUCAUACUUUUCAAAUCGUCGAUGACUGAAUUUAACCAUCUAAAAGCCUUUACGAGAAUUUAUCAUUCAUCG